AUGACCGAAGUCAGAUGCCGGAGCGCAUUAUUCAAUUUCAAAACCGCAGAGAUGGCACCAGCAACUAAGAAGGCUAAGAAGACCGCCGACUCUAUCAACAGUCGUUUGGCUCUUGUGAUGAAGUCCGGAAAGGUCACCCUCGGAUACAAGUCUACUCUCAAGCAACUCCGAUCUGGCAAGGCCAAGCUCGUCAUCAUCGCCGGAAACACCCCUCCUCUCCGCAAGUCUGAGCUCGAGUACUACUCCAUGUUGUCCAAGACUCAAGUUCACCACUUCUCCGGUAACAACAUUGAGCUCGGUACUGCUUGCGGUAAGCUCUUCAGAUGUUCUACCAUGGCUGUUUUGGAUGCUGGUGAUUCCGAUAUCCUCUCUAGCCAAUCUGCAUAG